AUUAUUUGAAUAUAUGUACUAUUCUAAAUAUUAUUAAUUAUAUUUCAAAUUCAAAUUUUAUAUACACAACUUAUUCAGGCCACAACCAGUGGCAAGUAUAACAGUUUCUUGUUUUAACUCGUCUUAAGCUAUUUUUCACGUCGGUCGCGAGGAAGAUUUUACAGGAAAAUACUCGUCUGUGGUCAAAGCAUAGAAAUGCAAGCACCGGGAUAAUUUCUUUUAUUUUAAUUUUAAACGUGUAAUCGUGUAAAUCGCAACAGCUUAAAAAGUUUUUGUUUAAUAUCGUGGUUAGAGAGACAGUAAAAAUUAAAGAUGUCUGAUAAUCGAAAAAGGCUUUCUGGCGCACAGUACAGAAAAAGAAAGCGUGAAAAGGAAGAAUUAGUUAAAAAGGCUAGUGGUUCACUCGAAACGUUUUUAAUCUCAACAACAUCACAGGAGGCACCAUCAAGUUCCCAAGCUCGAGAUGUAAAUGUGACGGAGACCGAAUUCAUAGUGGUCAGUAGCGGGGAAAAGAAGGAGGACUCGUCGAAUACCAAAACUACAAUGGAAGCAGGUGUUUUAUUAAAAGAACAAAGUCCUGAAGAAACAAAUCUUUCACCUGUAGCAUCUCGACGUCAUAUAUUUCUCGACCAAUCACCGUAGUUUUUACGAAUUUGCUAACGAAUGAAUGAUAUGUAUCGACUAGGUUACUAUGGUAACGUAUCUAGUGACAUACCUGGAUAGGUAGAUUGAGCUGCGAUGUUCUGAUCUUUCGUUUCGAGUUGUGCGAUUAUUCCAUUCAAAACGG